AUCUUAACUUCCUGCUAGAGAGCGAGCGGAGCAUUUCAAAAGCUACAGCAGAGAGAGAGAGAGAGAGAGAGAGAGAGAGAGAUGAGUGGAAUCGAAGUAGAGAGAGUAUUCAUAGGAGCAGGAUGCAACAGAAUCGUAAACAACGUCUCGUGGGGCGCUUCUAAUCUAGUAGCGUUUGGCUGUCAAAACGCAAUCGCCGUCUUUUGCCCAAACACUGCGCAGAUAUUGACAACACUUCCUGGGCAUAAAUCUAUCGUCAAUUGCACUCAUUGGCUUCCUACCAAUAAGGAUGCUUUCAAAGUUCAGCACAAAGAAGAACAUUUUGUGCUUUCAGGAAGUGCAGAUGGUGUCAUCAUGGUAUGGGGGAUAUCUCAUAAAGAAAGAAAGUGGAGGUGUGUAAUGCAAGUACCUCAACCACACAAAAAUGGUGUGACAUGCAUUACUGGAAUAAUGGUUUCUCAAACCGUUGCAAUGUUUGCUUCCACCUCAUCUGAUGGUACUAUUUUUGUAUGGGAAAUGGUCUUUCCAUCUAGUACGGGAGGUGACUGUAAACUUUCAUGUGUGGACUCUCUUGUGGUGGGUUCAAGGCCGAUGGUUGCACUUUCUUUAGCAGAAUUGCCGGGGAAUACAGGGCAUAUAGUUUUAGCAAUGGGAGGCCUAGAUAAUAAGGUUCAUCUUUAUUGUGGGGAAAGGACAGGGAAGUUUAUUCGUGCAUGUGAGUUGAAGGCACACACGGAUUGGAUUAGAAGUUUGGACUUCUCAUUACCUAUUUGCACUGACGGUGAAAAAGAUAGCCUUCUCCUUGUAAGUUCAUCUCAGGACAGAAGCAUACGCAUCUGGAAGCUGGCCUUGCAUGUUUCCCAAGCUAAUUCUACAGUGCCCUACAGGAAAGAAGGACUAGGCCUGACAUCUUAUAUUGAAGGUCCUGUUCUCGUGGCCGGUUCUUCCUCCUAUCAGGUGUCUCUAGAAUCUCUACUCAUUGGGCAUGAGGACUGGGUUUAUUCGGUGGAAUGGCAGCCUCCUUUAAGCACUUCGGGGGAGGGAACUGAUUGGUAUCAACCCCAGAGCAUCUUAUCUGCAUCUAUGGACAAGACAAUGAUGAUAUGGAGACCUGAAAGAACUACUGGUAUUUGGGUAAAUGCUGUUACUGUUGGGGAACUAAGUCACUGUGCCUUGGGAUUUUAUGGGGGUCGCUGGGGCCCACGUGGAGAUUCAAUUCUAGCUCAUGGGUUUGGUGGGUCUUUCCAUAUGUGGAAAAAUAUCGGCUUGAAUUAUGAAAACUGGCAACCACAAAUAGUUCCCUCUGGCCACUAUGCUGCUGUAACAGAUAUUUCUUGGUCCAAAUCUGGUGAAUAUAUACUGUCUGUAAGUCAUGAUCAGACCGCUCGCAUUUUUUCUCCAUGGAAAUACGAAGAACGUCCUGGAGAUGGGGUUUCCUGGCAUGAAAUAGCUCGUCCUCAAGUUCACGGUCAUGAUAUCAACUGUGUUACAAUCAUUCAAGGAAAAGGAAAUCAGCGGUUUGUUAGUGGAGCAGAUGAAAAAGUUUCCCGAGUCUUUGAAUCCCCUAUAUCAUUUUUGAAGACGCUGAACCAGGCAAUGCUACAGAAAUCUAGCUGCCUUGAAGAUGCUCGUGAUGAUGUGCAGAUUUUGGGAGCAAAUAUGUCUGCACUUGGACUAUCACAGAAACCCAUUUAUGUUCAAACUGUAAAUGAGACUGUAGACAGAAGUGGUCAUGAUGUUUCAGACUCCCUAGAGACUAUCCCCGAUGCGGUUCCGAUCGUUUUAACCGAGCCCCCUAUUGAGGAACAACUGGCCUGGCAUACGCUAUGGCCUGAGUCACACAAGCUUUAUGGUCAUGGCAAUGAGCUAUUUUCUCUUUGCUGUGACCACGAGGGAAAGCUUGUUGCUUCAUCGUGUAAGGCACAAUCACCGACGGUAGCAGAAAUAUGGCUGUGGGAAGUGGGAUCAUGGAAGGCAGUUGCUCGCUUGCAGUCUCACAGUCUAACAGUUACGCAAUUGGAAUUCUCUCACGAUGAUGCCUUCCUUUUGGCAGUCUCGAGGGAUCGCCAGUUCUCCGUUUUCUCAAUCAAGAAAUUAGAAGCUGGGGAAGUCAGAUAUCAGUUAGUUGCCAGGCACGAGGCCCACAAGAGAAUAAUAUGGGCGUGUUCGUGGAACCCACAUCGUCAUGAAUUUGCGACAGGUUCGAGGGACAAGACAGUGAAGAUCUGGGCUGUUGAGAAUGGAGAUUCUGUGAGGCAACUCAUGGUUCUCCCGCAGUUCAACUGCAGCAUCACAGCCUUGUCUUGGGCCGGCUGUGAUCGUUCAGGCAAUGAUGGGCUUCUUGCGGUUGGAAUGGAUGACGGGCUCAUCGAACUGUGGAGUCUUUCCAGGGGUGCAGCUGCACCAUCCAUCCGGUUUGAUCCAUUCUUCUGCCAUGUUUCGACAGUGCACCGUUUGGCAUGGAGAAGAAAUGCCAUGGAGAGUGGAGAUUGUAGGACCCUGCAGCUUGCAUCAUGUGGAGCUGAUCACAGCAUGAGAGUCUUUCAGGUGAGCAUAGGUUGAAAUGGUAACGAUAUUUAUGUUUGCACUUAUGAUACUGAUUGAGAAGGAGGUCUGAUCCGUGAUGGGCCAUUUUGUAACAA